AUGUCUUUAGUGAUGUUACAAUUUUCGUAUCACGCGAGAUGUUUUCAGCGAGAGGAUAACAAACCAGUCAAGCUACUUUCAUCAUCCAAUCCGUAUAGGCAUAAGUCGAAGGAUUCUCAGCAGUUAUCACAAAACCAGGAGUUGAUAAACGAACAACUGAAGAAUUUGCAACUGAAUCAAAAUCAGCUCUAUCAGCAACAAAUGCAAAACAAUGCUGUACAACAGCAGCAACAACAGCAACAGCAACAACUAGAAGAGCGACAAAAAUACGAGAGAAUGAUGCAAUUACAAAACAAUUUCAUGCAAUUCCAAUCACAACUCCAAAAUCAUGGUGCCUUCGUCGAUAACGCAAAUAUUCCUCAAAACAUGUUCGCAUCAAACUUUCAACUCAACAACCCAAAUCUUCCAAAUCAAACCGCAACGAACUAUCCAUUCAACAACAAUGCACCACCAUCCUUUACGGGUUUUGCUACACUCCAAUCACAACAACCAAAUAACGGUAUUAUCGACUUGAAUCGCGCAAAUAAUAACUGCAACCAAUUGCAAUUCCCAUCGAAUUUCACUGUGAACGCCCAGUCUACACCGCAACAGCCGUUCAUUGCAAGUCAACGUUCAGCAUUUCUAGGCAAUCAAGGAUAUACAAAUAAUGAACAGAUUCAGUUUCAUAAUCAAGCGCAGCCGUUCUACAAUCAGCAAAUGCAAAUGCCAUUUCAACCAAACGUACCAAUCAACAUGCAUUUCAACGGACCGCUACCUGCGUUCUACAUGCAGAAUAUGAAUGCAAAUGGUCUCGACUUCAUCAACGAUCCUAUGCGCAAUUUUAAUCCUGAAUUCAACAAUGCCGUGCCGAUUCGAUUCUGA